AUGAAAAAUAGUCAGAAAUUAAAUGUCACUCAAAAAAUUUAACAAAUCUACAAUUAUCAAGAGAUGCUUGAAUAAGAAUAGAUAUCAAAAUAACUUAAAGAUCAAUUAUUACUUAUAUUUAAUACUUCAAAUGAACAAAUUACCAUCAAGAAUGCACUUGAAAUAAUUAAAUCUGAGAAUUUUCUAGAAACUCAUAAAGCAUUAAUUUAAUUGAGAAAGACCUUGUCUGUAUUAUUCUUUCAAUAAUUUAAUAAGAAUUUUGAUUAAGAACAAAUAUUUACUAAUGAACUCGUACCACUUCUAUUUUAUUUAAUCCAAUAUGGAAGUACCUACAUUAUUAAAUUGGAAGCAACAUGUUAUAUUAAUUGUAUAUAUUAGAAAUUAUCUCCAUUUUUGCAGGAGGAAAAAGUCAUAUUUCAAGAAUAAUCUUUGAAAAUGGAAUUGUUUAAUUGGCUUUCUCCAUCUUUCAAAAUGAUAAUCCAGAAUUAUCAAUCUUGAUAAUGAUCAUAUUAGGCAAAUUGGCAGGAGAUUCAAUCUAAUAUAGAGAUUCCAUACUUUAACUCUGUAAUUUAGAUACAAUUAUAAUGAAAAUGGAAUAAAGAUACGAAACAACUUAUGUAUGGUGUUUAGCCAAUAUGUGUAUUGGAAGACCUAGUCCAAAAUUUGAAUUGAUUAAACCAGCCUUUAAUUUAUUCAUCAAAGUUCUAAUGUAUGAACCUACACAAAUUAAUAUAAAAAUGAUGAAUGAUUCAAUCUGGGCUCUUGGAUAUAUGUUGGAUGGUGAACCUACUCGAAUAAAUAUACUUAUUGAAUAAGGUAUUAUCAAAAAAUUGAUUUAAUUGAUGCAUUAAUGCAACUUUGUUUCUAUUUUGAGAAUAUUUGAAUGUAUUUUCCAAGGCAAUCAAGAAUAAAUUCGCUACUUAUUAGAAUGUGGAUUCUUAUCUUAAAUCAGAAAUAUUCUUGACCCAAAAAGUCGUGAAAAGAGUGGAAACAUGAUAUAAACAUUUGCAGCUACUGAAACCUUAUUUAAAGUCUUAUCUAAUUAGAAUUUCUUGAUAUCAUUAUUUAAUUCUUUAUUAGAUGAGAAUUCAGAAAUAAGAGGAGAUGCUUUAGAAAUGAUUGGAAAUGCAAUUUAACAUGGGACUAAUGAGGAUGUAAAUCAGAUGGUCAAAAAUAAACUCAUUAAUAGGAUUUUAGGAAUGUUGGAAUUAGCAUAAGAGAAAGAAAUAUCAUCUCAUCAUCUUAAGAAAGGAUUAGAGAUUCUCAUUAAAAUACUACGAAAAGGGGAGAUCAGAUCAAGGGAUAGAUAGAACAAUCAGUAUUUUACAGUAUUCAUGUAGAUUGAUGGAAAAGAUGUAAUACAAAAGCUAUUAUCCUUUAAAUAGGAUGACGUUGCGAAAUAUGCUUACAUCUUUAAAUAGGAAUUCACCUUAUGAAUACAUAAAAAUUAUAAAAUUAUAUCCAAUUUUUCCUUUAAGAAUGAUCACGCUUUUUAUACUGAUUCCGUUUGUUGUAAAGGCCAUCUUUCAAUAUACCGUCAACUAUGGAGAGGUCAAAACACUCUUCAAUAUUAACGAUGCCUUGGAGGCUGAAUUGAUUUUGUUAGAGUACUCAAUUCAAAUAAGUCUCUAGAUCAAGUGAAGAAGCAUAGUGUUCUCUCCUUAGUCCUACUAUUCAGUUCCAAGAGUAAACAAUUCAUCGAUUAUCAGAAUACACAGAUUCUGAUACCAAUGAUUUACUUAUAGAUAUGAUCACUAUAAAUGAUGAAGUUUAGAUAGGUCUUACUGCAAAUUCCAAUUUAUUAUACUUUUAUAAUUCUACUAAUACAACCACUCUAUAGAAAUUAAGUAUUAAUAUUGAAUAGGAAAUAUUACCUUAAUUGCUUUAUUCACCUUAAUAAUUAAUUAUUAUAUAUCCAAAGAUUGCUUAUUCAGUAGAUAUAUAAUAAGGAAAUGUAUGGAAAUUGAUUCCCACUUUUUAAGGUAGAAAUAAUCGUUACUAUUCAAAAAUAAUAAAUUCUUUUUUAAUAUCUGCAGUUGGAACUGAUGGCUUGGAUAUUUAUCGUAAUCAAACACUAUUGAAUACAUUAAAUACUGUAACAAUUGGAAUCCAAUAAAUAGAUUUCAGAGACUUUGCUAUCUAUCAGUUUAAUGAUAGGAAAUUUCUUAUAUUUAUCUUAUGCAAAAUAAAUGGAAUUGUAGUAGUUGAAUUGUCCAUACUUAGAGAAUAAUAAAUUACUUACAAAUUAUUAUUAAAAUAGAUUGGCCCUAGAUCUGAUGGUAUUGUAAUUGAUCUUUUUGAUGAAUCUAAUGUCUUUGUGGCUUAUAAAAGUACACAUUAUUAUUAUUUGAUUCACUAUAAUAUUGAACCUUAUAAUAAGAAAUGGAGUUCUAUUGCCAGAUAUAAUAUUUCUAAUCGAAUCAUAGAUAUUGAUGUAAAUGAAAACUAUGUUUUGGUUUAGGGAACAUACAAUCAUCAUUUUAUUUAGUAUAAGAAAUAAUUGAAAAGUGUCUCAUUUCGUUUAGGUUCAGUCAAACAGUUUGUAACAUCAUAGAAUUAUAUUUAUGGUACUACAUCUAACUAUUUAUUCAAAUUUCAUCCUUUAAUUUAACCAUAUUCAAUUAAAUGCUAUAUCGAGUGUAAAUAAAUUCAAUAGAAAUUUUAGCUGAUCAAAAAUUCAUUCGAUAAAAAUAUAAAUUACUUUAUAAGACACAACUUAAUUGGUAAUCAACAGAAUUUGAGGUUCUCUUCAAUCAAAUGCCAUUUUCGAUAUCAACAAAUUUGAUAAUAUUGAUUUUAAUAUUAUCAUUCAUCCUACUCCUAGGAAUCCUAAUUGUCUAUCAAUUUAAACAAUAUCAACAUACAAAUAAUGAAAGACUUAAUUUGGAAUUGAGAAUAUAAUAUUUACCUUAAAAUAGAGCUUCCAAAUUAUUAAUGCCUCAUACUUUUAGAACUAAUUAAUAACAUGUUGACUAAAAAAUGAAUACAAUGAAUUUUACAGAUGAAACUAUCUAUCCAAAAGAUAAGAAAAUAUUUUGA